GGCCAAAAGUUCAAAGUGAAGCCCCGGUGAUUUCCAUAUACUCAUCAGCCUUAUAUCGAGCAGCGGCAACAACUAUUGUUGCUAGUGUACACAAUGGCCACAACAUCGCGAGCCUGGACAUUCUCCCAGCGCGGCUCCCCUUCAGAUGUCCUAUCCCUCUCGACAUCUCGACCUAUACCUACUUUUCCCCCCGAAGCCGCUCGCCCGGAGGAAUGGAUCCUCGUCAAAGUGGCCUUUGCAGGACUCAACGUCGGCGCCAUCUUCCAAAUGACUCUCAUCCCUGCUUUCCUGCGCAACAAGACAUGCAUCCCGGAAAUGGACCUAUCCGGAGUCGUCCAGGACGUCUGGCAUCCUCAUGCCAACAUUGGCGAUGGCGAUGAGGCCAGAAGUGCCACUACAAGUGCUGGUCCUGUGAGUUCUGACAGCACCGAGAACAGCACCCAGACUCGCUUCCGUAAAGGUGACAAGGUUAUGGCCAUGCUAUCGGCCAGCCACGCCCUCCCAACGGGCACUGGUGCCCUGGCCGAAUAUGUCGCCAUCCCGGCCAGCUUCGCCGUCCAUAAACCCACCUCGGCCCCCUUCGCCGACGCAGCCGGCUGCCUUCUCACCGGCAUGACAGCUCAUCAGCAGGUUGUCGAGUCCGGCGCCAAGCCCGGCGACCGCGUCCUCGUCAACGCUGCCAGCGGCGGCAUCGGUACGUUGGUUGUCCAGAUGGCUCGUCAGGUCGUCGGUCCCGAUGGCGUGGUAAUUGGCAUCUGCAGUGGCCGAAAUGCCCGGCUAGUCGAAAGCCUCGGAGCCGACGAGGUCAUCGACUACACCCAGCACGACAACCUCCCGGCCUACCUCGCAUCUCGCUUCCGCUCCAAACCCUUCAACGCCAUCAUUGACACGCUGGGCCACCAGUCCCUUUACGUGCACUCCCCUGCCUACCUCGUUCCCUCGGGCACGUACUCAUCCGUCGGCAUCAAACCCCCUGACUUCUCCGUCCCCAACUUCCUGCGCGCCGUCUGGCAGAUGAAGCUCAACGAAUGGUGGCCCGUCAGCCGCUGGCUCGGCGGCAUAGGCCGUCUCUGGCGGGGCGUCUCGAUGAUGGAGCCCACACUCGAGGACCGCCAGCGCAUCGCCGACAUGCUGGGCGCGGGCCAGAUCCGCGUCGUCAGAGACAGCAUCUGGCGUUUCGAGGAUGCCAAGGAGGCAUACGCUAAGCUGGGCGCCCUGCAUGCGAGCGGCAAGGUCUUGGUGCGAGUGGAUGAGACAGUGGGCGAUGAUGAGUGCUAAGACGUUGUCUCGCUGCUUCGUGUUCGUGUUCGUGUGUGGGUUCGAUGGGCUACCAGCCGUUUCAUCCAAAGCGAGGUCCUCCAUAUCUGGUACAACUUCGUAAAGACUCCUCACCGCUCCUGUUUUUUGUACGCUAAUGUCAAAUCUGAUUCUCAAUUCUCAAUCGUAAUUAU